ACAGUAGUGCGCUUUCGAAAUCGUUAUGCAAUCGCUUUAACACAAAUGAAGAAGAAAACCGGAAGCGUCACUUCUCCUACGUCGGUGUCAUCGUCUUAUCGGUUUUGGGGUUUGACAACAGAAACAACAGUCUUAUUUCGUGUCCAGCCACGAAUACCUGUUUCCACUGGGGUCUCUGGAGAGAUGAACAACAACGGGAAUAAGAGAGCUCCAACCACUGCCACUCAGCGACUUAAGCAGGAUUACCUCAGGAUAAAGAAAGACCCUGUGCCUUACAUCUGUGCAGAACCUCUCCCCUCCAACAUCCUAGAAUGGCACUAUGUAGUCAGAGGUCCUGAGAAAACUCCAUACGAAGGAGGAUAUUAUCACGGAAAACUCAUAUUUCCUCGAGAAUUUCCUUUUAAACCACCAAGUAUCUAUAUGAUAACACCGAAUGGGAGAUUUAAGUGUAAUACAAGGUUAUGUUUGUCCAUCACAGAUUUCCAUCCAGACACGUGGAAUCCUGCGUGGUCCGUCUCCACGAUCCUCACAGGUCUGCUCAGCUUCAUGGUCGAGAAAGGCCCCACCCUCGGGAGCAUUGAGACCUCUGACUACACGAAAAGACAGCUGUCAGCCCAAAGCCUGGCCUUCAACCUGAAGGACAAAGUGUUCUGUGAGCUGUUUCCUGAUGUAGUCGAUGAGAUGAAGCAGAAACAGAAGGCCCAGGAGGAGUUAAGCGCCCGCACUCAGCCCCUCCCCUUACCUGACGUGGUGCCCGACGGUGACCCUCAACACGCCCACUACGGCCUGCCCGCCCUCAACGGAGGUCCCGUACCGCUCGGUGGCGGCAACCCCGCCCCCGGCCUGCAGCAGGCCAAUCGCAACCAUGGACUUCUAGGUGGGGCUCUAGCCAACCUCUUUGUGAUUGUAGGCUUCGCGGCGUUCGCCUACACGGUCAAGUAUGUGCUGAGGAGCAUAGCUCAGGAGUGAGAGGAGCCGGUGCUUUAGGGCGACGCUCCUCCCUGCAGGCGAGCCAGCUAACGGACUCCACAUUCUACAAACACACAACGUGGGGGAGGGAUGUUCAGUCCUGGGUUAAACCCCUCCACGACCACCACCACCACAACCACCACCACCACCAUGACUUUGGAAGACGGAAGCUCAAAGCCGACCCAGCCAGCAAGGAUUGAGAGGAGGAGGCGGAGAGGGAGGAGGUGGGGGAGUGGACGGGAGUGGCAGUUGGGCCAGGGGAUUGGAGGGGCUUAUUAAAACGGUUGUGAUCCACUCUGUGCUUCAGAGGUUUAUGUCAGCAGUAGGAACAAACUUGGCUCAUGGGUUAAGCAAGAGUGUAGAACUGUGGACGUGCAAACAGGUCAUAGUUUGUUGCACUGUGCUAGAGGGCUGGUCACAACAAUAGAAAUAUGCUUUAAUGAGGUGGAAUAAAAUGCACCAAUUUUUCUCCUGCACUAUCAUGAACAUUACUGAUAAAAGCUUGUUUCUUUAACAAUUAGGUAGAUAAUUCUCAAUGUAGGUUUCGCCCUGCUCAUCCCUACUACAAAAAUUCUUUCCCUCUGCAGUCUUUCCUGUUCAUUCAUCGGACACAUUUCCAUGAAAUAGCUCAAGUUAUCUGCAGAGGAGUUGUCAAGCGAUUCCUCUAAAUUCACUUUUCUGAAAGAUUACUGAAUCAAACAGAGCAAAGACACAGGUGAUAGCUUCUGAGUUUUAAACACAUAUCUGAAACACCACGUCACCAAUUUGUAACAUUAUCCCUGUAUAUAUGUUAAAGAUUCAACAUGCAUUUAUUAUUUGGGGGUUCAUAUGUGCCAAGAAAGUGUGUGUGUGUGUGUGUGUAUUUAUAACACAAAUUGAACAUCAUAAGAUGUUGACCAACGGAAGGGAAACGUGAAGAUUAAAUGAGCUGUGAAAGAUGAAUAUGCUCAUUCAUAAUCAGUGACCGAUGUCAAAUGAGAAGACGGCGAACAACAGAAAAACUACGUGUGCACAGGUAAAUAACGUCAAAUCUCAGUUCACAGCAAUGUGAUACAUGUGUCAGUACUUGUGCAUGUCAUCAGUAGAUUGUAUCUCUGAUGAUGCAUCACUGUCAAGCAAGUAGUGAAGAGAGUAGUCUUGUUACUGCAGGCUAUUGACAAGUGUCUACAAAUAAACAAACAGCAUCAAAACAUAAACUUGGCCUGUGAAAGAGCUGCGGACACAGGGUCAAAGUCUGCUGUGAGUCCAGAUGUUCUCUCCGGUCAACCCAUGAGCCAAGCAGUGAACCCAGUGUCUGCACAGAAAGUAAAUAGAGACCAGUACCUUUUUAAAAAUAAAUAAAUAAAUUGGCUUAGCUGACCAGUAUAGCACCUCUCUAUAUAGGUCCAAACAAAGAGACACAUGAAGAGAACCAACGUUUUUUUUUCUGUAUAUUUUCUUUUUUAAAACGUUUUUUUCUUCGUGUUUUUGUUCUCUUUUAUUUAUAGAGACAGUCUCGGCUUGUCUGCCAUGGUUCUGAGGAAACGUCCAGUGUUUGCUAAGCAGGGCUUUGCGGACAAACACACGGACAGGCCAUGGCCCAGGCUCACAUAAUUGCUGAUAAUUUUACUGUUGUGCAUUGCAUUUAGUAAAGAUGGUUCUACUGUGUAUCUAAUGUUUCAACGGAAAAAUGAUGUGAAAGCAGAAGAUUUGCCUUUCUAUUGCUCUUCUUUUCUUGGCACCAUCUUAAAAAAAACAAAAACAAAAAAACAAAAAAAAAAACGAGGAACUGAUGAUGAUGGGAGUGCGUUUGUGUGAUUAUACGGCAAAUGCCCAAAUUUCCAUGCUUCGGUUAAUCUUGUGUGACAUUGUAUGUUUUCAUAGUCAAUGCAAAUAAAUUACCCUGCUUGGCAGGGCAUUUUAGAAAACCUUU